AUGGAAAAGAACAGUAGGGCAGGCCUGUUCAGCACGCAGAUGUAUGCGGACCUUCUAAUUGGAAGGCUUGAAGAAGUAAUGGGCCCAAUAAAGCCAGAGGAUAUAUGUAAAAUAGAUAAGUCUGUGAGCAUAGUAAUUGUUGAUCCAUAUCUAAGGCUGCAAAGCAUUCACGCAAAAUUGGUUGGAGGCACUUUUACGCACAUAAUACUUCCGGAUAGCAAAAAAGUAGAUAUCGACAUGAUAAUGCCAAAAAGCAGACAGAAAAGAAAUAGUAUCCAUCUAGACAGUAGAAUACCAUCACAAAAAACAGAAACCUGCAUGAUUAAAAGAGAAGAAGUUCAGAGCCUGGAGAAAUUACUAGCAUAUGCAUAUAGACCAGAGAAGCACCUUUUAAGCGUAUGCGAGAUGGAAAUAGAGAAAGCUCAGUGGAUAUUUGAAGAACUCCAUAGGAAUAGCCACCUGAGCAGCAAAGAGGGACCUACUUUGUAUCUUGUGCUCAUGCAGGAUGACUCUCUUUUAAUUCCCUUUCCACUGAGUAGAUACUUAUCAAAGCAGAAAGAAAUUCUUAAAUAUUAA